AUGCAUUCAAUUAGUAAGAAGGAGGUGGAAGAGUUUCGCGAGAUGUUCGAUCUCGUCGACUCCAAUCACAGUGGGCACAUCACCCAGGGGGAGAUGCGCAAACUCAUGGAAACGCUGCGCCUGCGCCCCACUGAGGAGGAGCUCGAGCAGAUGUUCCGUGACGCAGAUGCCGCCGACGCGGCAAAAGGCAUUGACUUUGACGAGUUCGUUGCUAUGAUGUCGAAGCGUGUGCAGUCCGACUACACACUGGAGCAGCUGCGCAGUGCGUUUAAGCUCUUCGAGACGGAGGACAUGCCGCCCGGCUACGUGUCGACGGAGGUGCUCGAGCACGCGUUGGUGUCGUACGGCACGGAGAAACUCACCCACGACGAGGCGGCGCGGCUCCUGGCCGCAGUGGACCCCGACGGUACUGGCAGGAUCAACUAUUUGGACUUUGUGGCCAUGGUGGGUGGCGGCGAUGCCUGA